AUGCACCGCCUCCUUCGAUUGACCCCACGCGCUUGUCGCAAUGCCAUCGCGACAACCAUCCUCGUCGUUGUCAUCUUCUUUUCCUUCGUCACCGGGCGUGGUGGCCCAGGUCCCAAUCGCCGCGGCUGCCUCCCUGCAGACCAGUCCUGCUUCGCGGUCUCUAUCGCCGUCGGCGCACCAUACUCCUCGCGCCAUGAUGCUGCCACAGUCGUCGUAGCCACACACACGUGCUGCACCACGACCUCCUACAUCGCCAUCCUCGGCAUCAGUUUUGGUUCCCUCCUCGUCAUCUUGCUCAUCCUGUGCACCAUCCGGUGGUACCUCGUGCAACGGUCCGCGAGACGGGAUGCUGCUGAGGCUGCCGCUGUAUUAGCAGAGCCAGAAAAGAAACCGCCCAUGGGGCUGGAUGCCGAAGCCAUAGUUGCGCUUCCUGAGUUCACAUAUCGGAAGGAGGAUGCUGAUAGAGAGGAGGAGCGAGAGUUUGCCGUGUGCCUGGGCGCGAUGGCGGAGGGGGACGCAGCGCGGCGUGACGUGCAUGCACAUCUUCCACCGAGGUUGUGUCGACGUGUGGCUAAGGGAGCACUCGACAUGCCCCGUCUGUCGCGCCGAGGUAGACAUCAGAACAACUUGUGA